AUGGCUGACCAGGCAGAUUUGCUCGAGUCUCCUCAAUUCGAAGAGGAGACAUCCAUGCAAAAGUUCAAACGCCGUCUCAAGGAAGAACCAUUAAUCCCACUAGGCUGCGCCGCAACAUGCUACGCCCUCUACCGCGCCUACCGCUCCGGCAAAGCCAAAGACUCCGUCGAAAUGAACCGCAUGUUCCGUGCACGUAUCUACGCGCAAUUCUUCACUUUACUAGCCGUCGUCGCGGGUGGGAUGUACUACAAAACCGAACGUAAACAACGCCGCGAAUUUGAGCGCAAAGUCGAGGAACGGAAGGCGCAGGAGAAGAGGGAUGCGUGGUUACGUGAAUUGGAGGCUAGAGAAAAGGAGGAUAAGGGGUGGAGGGAGAGACAUGCUGCUGUUUCGGAGGCGGCUAAUAACCCUGUUGGUGUUAGUGCUGUUGUUGCGGGGAAGAAGGAGGAGGAGGAGAAGGGGGUGGAUGGGAAUGUGAAUCAGGCGCCGCAGGAGGAAGGGGGUGUGAAGAGGGGGACGGGGAUACUUGAUGCGGUGAAGGCGUUGGUUCGGGGGAAGAAGGAUUGAUUUUGGAUUUCUUUGAUGGUGUGACUAUGUGGUGAUAAGAUGGAAGACUGUAUGACUCCGCUCUGUAUUCAAUAUUGUACAUAAAAGAAUCGAUUCAACGUUUCAAUGCGACUGUUGCUUCCCGGGAACAGAAGUAUCAUAGUCGACUAUGGACCUGAUUUGAUGACAUAUAUUGCAACCACCAAAACAAGGUUAUCGAUUAG